AGAAAGGAAGACCCAUAUGUUCGUUCGUGCCUUGCAGAGGAGUUGAACGAGGUCUUGGUGUCGGCUUUUAUCGAUCCAGGUACUCGGAGAUGGGAUAUGGACUUACUCCAGACAUUGUUUAGCGUGGAGGAAGUCCAAGAGAUAUCACGUAUUCCAUUAGGCCUGUACAGUCGAGAAGAUGCAUGGAUCUGGAGAGACGACCUCAAAGGAUUGUAUUCAGUGAAACAUGGCUACCGAAUGAUGUACGAAGAGAGGUGGUCAGGGACAACUACAAACAACGACAUGUGGGCGUUUAUUUGGAAAAUGCAGGUACCGCCAAAAGUUCGCAACUUUAUGUGGCGAGCUCUCAACGACGUCCUACCUGUAAGAGCCAACCUUCGGAGGCGUCAGGUGGAGGUGGCAGAUGUGUGUCCUAGAUGUUGCACCGAUCAGGAGACCACUAUCCACAGCUUAAUAGGCUGCACUUUUUCCCAAGCAUGCCUGGGCAGAGUGGGCUAUGUAAGCAUACGACAGUAUGGGAGUAUGGUUGAGUGGUUUGAGGAGGUUCGCCGAACACUCACAAAGGAAAGGGUUCAACAACUUUGUAUGGUUUUAUGGGAGGCGUGGCAACAACGGAAUCAACUUGUUUGGAAGAACAGAAGCUUGAGCAUAACCUUUGUGGCGGAAAGAGCUAUCCGAGGACUACAAGAGUGGCAAGCAGCACGCCCCGGGUCCUUAGAAGCCCGAUUGGGGUCGGGGGACCGGAUGCAUAAAUGGAGAGCACCGGUGAGAGGGGUCUUAAAGUGCAAUGUGGAUGCAAGCUUUAACAUACGUACAAGUGUGGCCCGAGUUGGAGUGGUGGUGCAGGAUGAUCAAGGAAAUUUUUUGCGAGGAGCUCACUUCGGACUAGGGCGGCUGGAAGAUGCACAAAUGGCUGAAGCAACGGGACUCCGGGAGGCAUUGAGGUGGCUUAGGUUGCCGGUUGGACAAAUGAAUCUAAGUGUCGAGAUCGACAGCGAGGUAGUACUUAAAGCAAUUCAAGAAGAUAUUGAAACUCAUUCACAUUCUUAUUUCUUAGAUAUUAUUUCUGAUUGUAAGAUAGUGAUGCGAGACUUUGUUUCUCUCACGCUUUCAGUUGUUAAAAGAUCAGCGAAUCAGGUGGCUCAUAUGUUGGCUAGAGCGUCUGAUUCUGAGUCUGAUUGUUUGGAGUGGAUUCAUGCCCCUCCAGCAUUUCUUUAUGAGACUUUGUACUCUGAUUUGAAUUAAUGGUAUUCUGAUGUUCUUUUCAAAAAAAAAAACUUAUAAACAGUUUAUAAGUCAACUUAUAAGCACACAAGAACAUGUUAUGAACUGACUUACAAGUUAAAAACUAUUUAUAAACAGUUUUAACCAGUUUAUAAAUACUAUUUUGAUAAUAAAAAUGCGAAUGCUUUAUUUUCAUUUUUAGUCCUAUUUCAGUUUUUUUCCUAAAAAAUGACAAAGCACCCU